AUGGUAAGAAGAAACGCAGUUCAUGCCAUUUCAAGUUUACCGUCGCGGUUGUGGUGGCCACAGCAACGGAGGAAAGGAAAACGGAACGUCGUGCGGUUAGGAAACCGGCGACGAGGGUUCUUGGUGGGGCCGCCGCGGACGGUGGUGCAGAGAUGGAGGAUGAACAUCGGAAAACCUAUGAAGAUAAUGAGAAAUAUUAUUUUGGGGAUAAUCUCAAACGGUGGAAAUGUUAAGGUCUUAGAUGCUUAUCUUUGGUCUUUACCAAUAUUACGUCCUCAAUUGUUUCCAUUAUGUUGA